AUGUGUGGCAGGUUCCUGCGGCGGCUGCUGGCAGAGGAGAGCUGGCACUCCACCCCCGUGGGGCGCCUCUUGCUUCCCGUGCUCCUGGGAUUCCGCCUUGUGCUGCUGGCUGCCGGUGGGCCUGGAGUCUAUGGCGAUGAGCAGAGUGAAUUCGUGUGUCACACCCAGCAGCCGGGCUGCAAGGCUGCCUGCUUUGAUGCCUUCCAACCCCUCUCCCCGCUGCGUUUCUGGGUCUUCCAGGUCAUCUUGGUGGCUGUACCCAGCACCCUCUAUAUGGGUUUCACUCUGUAUCAUGUGAUCUGGCACUGGGAAUUAUCAGGAAAGGGGAAGGAGGAGGAGACCCUUAUCCAGGGAGGGGAGGGCAACACAGAUGCCCCAGGGACUGGAAGCCUCAGGCUGCUCUGGGCUUAUGUGGCUCAGCUAGGGGCUCGACUUGUCCUGGAGGGGGCAGCCCUGGGGUUGCAGUACCAUCUGUAUGGGUUCCAGAUGCCCAGCUCCUUUGCAUGUCGCCGAGAACCUUGCCUUGGUAGUAUAACCUGCAAUCUGUCCCGCCCCUCUGAGAAGACCAUUUUCCUAAAGACCAUGUUUGGACUCAGCGGUUUCUGUCUCUUGUUUACUUUUUUGGAGCUUGUGCUUCUGGGUUUGGGGAGAUGGUGGAGGACCUGGAAGCACAAAUCUUCCUCUUCUAAACACUUCCCAACUUCAGAGAGAACCAGAAGACACAAGAAAGCAACUGAUAGCCUCCCAGUGGUGGAAACCAAAGAGCAAUUUCAAGAAGCAGUUCCAGGAGGAAGCUCAUCCCAGGAAAAACAAAGACCAGUUGGACCCAGAGAUGCCUGAGUUGGAG